AUGUCCAAAAUGGGCAGGAUUGUCUUUUACGAGGAUAAGAACUUCCAGGGCCGUUGUUAUGAGUGUGACAGCGACUGCACCGACUUCCAUUCCUACCUGAGCCACUGCAACUCCAUCCGUGUGGAGAGUGGAGCCUGGGUGGUGUACGAGAGGCCCAACUACAUGGGCUACCAGUAUGUUCUGACCAGGGGAGAGUACCCGGAAUACCUGCGCUGGAUGGGCCUCAAUGACCGCCUCAGCUCCUGCAAGAUGAUCCACUUUUCCUGUGGGACCCAGUACAAGAUGCAGCUGUAUGAGAAGGAUGACUUCGCGGGCCAGGCCUUCGAGGCCGCCGAGGACUGCCCCUCAGUCCUGGAGAAGUACCGUUGGAGGGAGGUGUACUCCUGCAAGGUGCUGGAUGGCUGGUGGGUCUUCUACGAGCACCCCAACUACCGUGGACGCCAGUACUUCCUGGAGAAGGGAGAGUACAGGAAGCCUGGGGACUGGGGUGCAGUCAGUCCCACUGUCCAGUCCUUCAGACGCUUCACUGAGUGA